CACGCGUACCAUCUCGACAGCCUAUGGCCACGUGUUUGUCACCACAAGCGUGUCUGAUAAAUCUUUUAUGACACGCGUCCAGCACUUUAGCUACAGUAACCGGGAGGGAUAUAAUGAUAUAAACAAACAACCGCGUCGAGAACAUUUCAUUCCGGGAGCUCAAGCUUUGUCCCAAUGAACGCGAGCAAGAGAUUGAGAACAAGCCCGCCGAUUCAGGGAUCCGAUGCGGGUGAAUCGGGGAUACUUAACGAGCGGAUACUACUGCUAGUCUUCGAGUCCAUAAAAUGGGACCUCCACACUCUCUGCGCCAUGGCCUCGGUGAACCACAAGCUCCAUGCCAUAGCCAAACGGUUGCUAUGGAGGGAGUUGUGUGUGUAUCGCGCCCCGCGCAUGUUAGCAGCAUUGACAAAUGGUGCGCCUAAUGCUCCCUUCGGAGACAGUUGGUGGACGCUUGCGAAGCUCAUGUUCUAUUGUUGCGGCUGUGAGUCAACUGGAAACUUCAAAGUGAGGCGACCCUCCCCAGGUCAUUUCGUCAAAACUUCUCGUUUUUCUAAAACAUCGGGUCAGAGCUUUCUAAGCAAGAAAUGUCGGGGCGAUUUGUUGUACGUGAGCGAUCCGUGCGAGCAUCCGACGGGAGAAAAUGAAGAUGAUUUGGGGAUUUACAGAGGGGUUUUUCGGGGAUUCAUGAAAUCAAGAACGAGAGCGUGUUUAAUUAGACGGCAAGUAGAGCUAGAAAAGAGAGUGAGGUGCCCUUACUGUGGGUUCCGCGUGUGGAGUAUGACUUCAGCUCAGCUGGUGCCUAAAAGCGCGGCUAGGCGGCUUGGAUCACGCGAGGGUGGGUUAGAGUAUUUUGUUUGUUUAAAUGGGCACUUGUACGGGACUUGCUGGCUUGUGCCGUUGUCAUCCGAUGAAGACAAUGGUGCUGGCGAAGGUGCAGAUGACGAGGACGAAGACAAUUGCAGCGAUGACGAUGAAGAUGGGGAUGGUGAUGAUUAUGAUAAUCGAACGGUAGCUGAAGGCAGUUUGAGCUCUGUGGGCGAAGAGGUUGCAGAGCAAUGGUCCACGAAUUGAUCUAAGGCAUGGCUGAGGCCCAUAUCGGUUUUGUAAUAUAGGAGGGCCUGAGAGCAUUAACGGUAAUGAUUAAGGUUGUGAUUAUGCUGACGUGGAACUUUUGAUCUUUCUGUUGGGGAUAUUUAUCUAAUUUAAUUGAGAUGACAAGUUAGUGUGAUAGGAAUCGAAUCUGUUUAGUUUGCUUGACUUUCUGACUUUUUAUUCAGGGAGUGUCCCGUCCCUGUGAAAUUCUUUUCCUUUAGGUAGACAUGCAGAUGCAACGUUGAGUUCUCUAAUUUUGUUUUGAA